AUGACCCGCUCUUACUCACUAUUUUCCAGCUCUGAGUCAGUUUCUGGAAGUUGUUCGUGCUCCACAGUUUGGGUGUCGAGGUUCCAACUAGCUUUGUCCAGACUCUUUGGUAGGCCCGAUGACACAAACGGGCCCGACAAUUCAGACGGGUUCGACGACCCGAAUGGGCUCAAUAAUCCAGACAGGUUCGACGACCCAGACGGACCCGACGACCCAGACAGGUCCAACGACCGGAAUGGGCUCAACGAUCCAGACAGACUGCGCGACGACCUGAAUGGGCCCUUCCAAACCUUUGGGCCUGACGACCCAAACAAGCACGACAACCUGGACGGGUCCAACGACUUGGACGGGCCCGACAACCUGGAUGGACCCUUCCAAACCGUCAAGCCCGAUGAUCCAGACGGACCCAACGACAUGGACGGUCCCAAUGACAUAGAUGGACCCAACGACUCGGACGGGUCAAACUAUCCAAACGAACCCGACGAGCCCGACGAACCCAACGGUUUGGAAGGCCCGUCCGAGUCGUCGGACCCGUCUAGGUCGUCGGGCCCGUCCGGGUUGUCAGACCUUUCCGUGUCGUCGGGCCCUUCUUGA